CGGUGAGAGAGCGUGAGAGAGAACGACAGAGAGUGAAGCCGAUAUCUCUCCCUCGGUUGGUUGCUCUUUGUGUUUUGAUCGCGAUAAAAAUAGGUUUGUGAUCCUGGCCCUCGCCCUGGUGGCGUCCGCUAGUGCCGGCGGCCCGGCCGCCUACUCGAUUGCCGCCCCGUCCGCGGACUACCACUCCGUCGGCGCGAGCCACGAGCACACCGUCAAGGGACUGUACGGCCAGAACGUGCUCUCGCAGUACUCGAAGGCCGUUGACUCGGCGCACUCGUCCGUCCGCGUGCACAGCUCGCGCCUCAGCAACGACGGGUUGGCCUAUGCCCCGCAUUACGCCGCCGCCGCCCACUACCCGGCCGCUCACUACGCUGCCCCAGCCCUCCGUUAUGCUGCCCCAGCUUAUGCCGCCCCAGCUGUCCACUACGCCGCCCCGGCCGUGCACUACCCGGCUGCCCCGGUCGUUAAGGCCGCCUACCCCGCCUAUGGACAUGCCGCGUACGGUCAUGCCGCCUACGGACAUGCUGCCUAUGCUCCGGCCGCGUACGGACAUGCCGCGUACGGACACGCCGCCUAUGCCUCUCCCCUGGUCCGUCCGGCUCUGGCCGCCGCCCCGCUGGCUUACAAGGCCCCACUCGCCGCUGCCCACCCCGGAGCCGUUGUUUCGUUCGCCGGUCUGGGAGCCCAGUACGCCUGGUAAGAAGGAGCAGAACUACCUCCCCCUUAAGGACAUGGGCACUCUUCUUGGAGCUGGAAUCCACCAGGAGUUGCCUGCCAUCACCCCCUUGAAACGCCCCUGGAACCGACACCCGGAUAAUCGAUUUACUGCUGACCCCUCGGAAUGUGCUGCCACCCACUUAAGGGGGGUGGUUACGUGCAGACCUCUCUCUAGGUUAAGAACACACACACACACACCACAGUCAAGGAAGCGUGCUGCAUACUAUUUUGUACAUAGGUUUUAAUGUAAGAGACAAAAAGAAAAACUAGUUGUUUAAGUUUGGAAUAACCACAAGGACUGAGCGGACUCUUUUGAAGGCCCUAACCUCAAAAUAUUUCGGCGUUGGCCAACCAACCGACCAUCGCCGAAAGGGUUGUAAAUAUUUAUGCCACCGCCGACCGUCAAACCCAAGGCAGCGUGUGUGGGAUUCACUCACAUUUUUUGUUUGGACGAACUCACUCUCGAGCUUUCAAAGAAGGGGUUUUUACCCUUUUGUGUACACACACUUCAGAAGAACCCAAUAAAAAUGUGAAACAUGAAAACCAAACAAAAAACU